GGAAAAGGCGAAGAAGAACAGCCGGAAAAGGAAGAAGAAGACAAAACACCGGCGGUGUGUUUUUAGCUGCUUCUACAGCAGUAAAAUGGACACCAAUGAUGAGGUGGUACAAUUACAAAGCAGUAAAACAUUGCUCAUCCGCCACUUACCAGCUGAACUCAAUGGGGAUGAGAAAGAAGAUCUGCUUAAGUAUUUUGGGGCUGAUUCAGUCCAAGUCUUCUCUAACAGGGGUCGUAUGAAACAUACAGCCUUUGCAACAUUUAAAAGUGAGAGGUCAGCAGCAAAUGCUCUUACCAGACUGCAUCAGUUAGAGAUCCUUGGUCACACACUUGUUGCAGAGUUUGCUAAAGGUCAAGAUAAUUUGACAGUUUUAAAGGAUCCACCGGUGUCAGCCAGUGGAAAAAGACUUAAAGAAGAGAAGAAGAAACAGGAGACCCAGAACCCAAAAAUCACCCUUAUAGAGACUGGUGUUGCACCAAGUCUUGGGUUGAAAUUUCAAUCCAAUCCCACUUUGAAAUAUUUAUACCCACCACCCUCGAACAGCAUUCUGACAAACAUAACACACGCCCUCAUGAGUGUGCCAAAGUUUUAUGUUCAAGUACUUCAUCUAAUGAACAAGAUGAAUUUACCAUGUCCAUUUGGUCCGGUCACUGCCAGACCCCCCAUGUUUCAGCUCCUGCCUCCUGCACCACCUAUCCCCAUGCCCCCUCCCUUCCCUCCUGACUACCCUCCUUUACCAGAGGAGGAGAUGGAGCUGUCCAGUGAAGAAGAGUCGGAGUACGAGAGUGGAGACGAUGAAGACAAGGAGAGGAUUGCUCGUCUGAUGGGCCUGGUCAACCAAGCAUGCAAGAGACCCAUGAGACCAAAAACUGUUGCAAAGAGAAAGAAGCCCAAAAUCAAGGAUCUACUCUAUGUUCCCAAACCAGACACUCAAAGUGCUCCGACGCUGCAGCCCUGUGAUGUGUUUGAGCAGCCCCACCCCGCCGGGCCGAAGAAAAUUGAAUUCCACAUUUCAGUUCCAGAGGUAGCCUCCUUAGUGGAAGGAAGUGGGCCAGGUCAAGAGGCGCCAGCUGAUGAAGGCCGGGACUUGGACGAGCUGGAGAAAGCUGCACCUCACAGUGAGGAGAAGGAGGUCACUGAAGGUUUUGGGAAGCUCUACCCUAGCAACCAGGAGUCUCAACAGCAAGAGGAGAACAGUGACGAUGAGCUGGAUCUCUCCUCAGGUGUCAUCUCCCGGAGGGAGCUGGAGAAAGGACGUCUGUCAAGAGAUGAGAUGAAAAAGAUGUCCGUGUUUAAAAAUUAUGAAUCGGGUGAGCCCACCUGCAGACUGUACGUGAAGAACAUUGCAAAGCAAGUGGAGGAGAAAGACCUGAAGUACAUUUAUGGGCGAUACAUCAACCUUUCAUCAGAAGCGGAAAAGAAUAUGUUUGACGUUGUGUUAAUGAAGGAGGGGAGGAUGAAAGGACAGGCCUUCGUUGGACUCCCCAGUGAGUGGAGCGCGGAGAAAGCGCUGCGGGAAACCAACGGCUACAUUCUUUACGACAAACCCCUCGUGGUGCAGUUUGCCAGAUCCGCAAGACCAAAACAAGACGGCGCCGAUUCGAAGAGAGGGACGAAACAGCGGUGAGCUCAGCAGAUACCAAGACUUGAUAUUGUGACCCAGCAGAACCAUGUGUAUCCUUAUUCUGGUAUAUCCUUUGGAAACAGACAAAAGGAAAUGGUGUCCGUAGUGAAUUUCAAACAACAGCACUAAAGUCUAAAUUUAAAUGGACUCACGCUUUGCUCCUGAGUUUCAUAUUGUAUGUUUGUAUUAUUGUUUGUUUUUUUUGGGAGUCUGUUAAACGUCUCUUUACAUUGUCCUCUACCUUGUUUGACUGAAUUGCAGGUGAUGGUCGUCAGGUGUCAUCGUCUUCUUUGAUUAUAAAAUAAAGUAUUUUUUAUUUAAAAUA